AGAGAGAGAGAGAGAGAGAGGGUGAAAUGGAGAUGUCAGAAUGAAUGACAGAAGACAAAAAGAGAGGGACAGGGUCUGAACGCCCUUAGAUCCCUUUCCACCAGCUAACCAAACUGGAAGACUGGGUUUUUCAGCAGUGUUUUUGCAUCUGAUCCAUACACCACCCACAGAUAUGAAGGAGAUAUUCUUUAUUUUUACUUUUGGACUCUACUGAGAGACAACAUUGCUGCUUACAGAUAAAGUGUGAAAGCAUAUUCUCAUUGUUUUCACACAGAGCAGAUGUGCGGGAAAAUGAUAUGUGAUUCCAGCAUGGAUGUUCCGAGGACAUCCUUGGUACCCCCUUUGAGGGUCUAUAGCCGCUGGAAGGUUUUCCUUCUGCUAGUCUGUUUUUGCCACAGCAACCUGAGCUCCCUGUUGGACUGUCCGCCCAUCUGUGCCUGCUCAUCCACCGAGAUCUACUGCAACAAGUCGGACAGCGGCAAGUUCUUCCCACUGCUGUCCUUCCACGGGACAGGCAUUGUAGGGAACAUGAGCGAGAACAUUGAGGACUUUUUCCAGAACAUCACCAGCAUAUAUCUUGAUAAUUGGACGGGUCUGACAACACUGACAGAUGUUGAGAUGGAGCUGUACCCGGGCUUACAGAGGCUAACUAUUACCCGGAGCAGCCUGCACGCCCUCCAUACUCGGGUUUUCUCCAAAAACCCCAACCUGCGCUACAUAAACUUGUCCAAGAACCCUAUGUUGAAGACACUGUCCUGGCAGGUCUUUCAACAUCUGCAGCUGGAAGAACUGCAUGUAGAAGAUGUUGUAUUUUCCUGUGGCUGUGAGAUCCGCUGGCUGCAGCUGUGGCACCAGAGAGGAGAGAAAGGCCUUAGCAGUCAACAGUUAACCUGCUCAACUGCAGACACAGAAAUACUCCUGCAGGACAUGAACAUCACCAACUGUGACCUACCUGUUGUCAGUGUUAGUCACAGCAACCUAACGGUUGUUGAAGGUAGUCAGGUAACAGUGAUCUGCAAUGGUUCUGGAUUGCCAAUACCGGAGGUGGACUGGCCUGUUAAAGACUUUCACUCUAUCACUGCACAAGGGGCUAAAGUAUAUAACAACAGUAUUCACUCCAUCAACAUAACACUGGUCAACGUUAGCAGGGAGGACAACAAUUUCAUGCUAACUUGCACUGCUACCAACAUCGUAGGCUUAGCCAAAGCUUCUGUUCACCUAAUUGUUCACUUUCCUCCCUCCAUUGUGAAGCUUAAGGAGCCUGAACGCCGCCAUGACACAUGCAUAGAGUUUACUGUUCGGGGUUCACCCCAUCCAACAUUAAGAUGGUUUCAUGAAAAUAAGGAAAUUUUCCACAGUGAGUACAUUCGACCUGAUAUGGCUGUUUUCCGUGAUGACAUAGAGGGGUGCCUUCUUUUUAAAAACCCAACGCACUAUAAUAAUGGCAACUAUACCUUGGAAGCAAUCAACUAUCUGGGUGUGGUCAACAGGACAGUGUAUGGACACUUCCUUGAAAUGCCCCCUUCUGAUUACGAUUAUGUAACUCCAACUGCGGAGCCACACAAACCUUUACAAGAUCCUUUUGGGGUCUCCAUGGCAGUAGGCUUGGCGGUGUUUGUCUGUGUAAUCCUCGUGUUUCUUUUUGUUCUGAUAAACAAGUAUGGACGACGAUCCAAACUCAUCAUUAAAGGCCCAGGAACAGUGAUGAGUGGGGAAGAAAACUCUGCCAGUCCCCUCCACCAUGUCAACCAUGGCGUUAUAAGCCCCUGUGCUUUGGAUGUUGGGUUAGAUUCUGUGGUGAUUGGAAUGUCCAGGAUCCCUAUUAUAGAGAACCCACAGUACUUUAGACAUGGACACAACUGCACCAAACCAACCACCUAUGUUCAACAUAUUAAACGUCGGGAUAUUAUUUUGAAGAGGGAGCUUGGUGAAGGUGCCUUUGGGAAGGUCUUCCUGGCUGAAUGUUACAACUUAAGCCCAACCAAGGAUAAAAUGCUGGUCGCUGUGAAGACUCUAAAGGACCCAACACUUGCAGCCAGGAAGGAUUUCCAGCAUGAGGCAGAGCUUCUGACCAACCUCCAGCAUGAGCACAUAGUCAAGUUUUACGGCGUGUGUGUGGAUGGAGACCCUCUUAUCAUGGUUUUUGAGUACAUGAAACAUGGAGAUCUUAAUAAGUUUCUCAGAGCCCAUGGACCAGAUGCCACAAUCCUGGUUGACGGGCUUCCUCUUCAGACCAACGGGGAGCUGGGUUUGUCCCAGAUGCUUCACAUAGCGAGUCAAAUCGCAGGUGGGAUGAUCUACUUGGCAUCCCAACACUUUGUCCACCGUGAUCUUGCAACAAGAAAUUGCUUGGUGGGGAAUGGCCUUCUGGUGAAAAUAGGAGACUUUGGCAUGUCCAGAGACAUUUACAGCACAGAUUAUUACAGGGUUGGAGGUCAUACCAUGCUUCCUAUUCGUUGGAUGCCCCCAGAGAGCAUCAUGUACAGGAAAUUCACCACAGAGAGUGAUGUGUGGAGCUUUGGAGUUAUUCUGUGGGAGAUCUUCACAUAUGGCAAACAGCCAUGGUUUCAGCUAGCCAACAAUGAGGUUAUUGAAUGCAUUACUCAGGGCAGGGUAUUAGAGCGCCCAAGAACCUGUCCAAAGGAAGUCUAUGAUAUCAUGCUGGGCUGCUGGCAAAGGGAGCCACAACAGCGCCUCAUUAUUAAGGAGAUUCAAAAGAAGCUUUUGGCGCUGAUGAAAUCCACACCUGUGUAUCUGGAUAUAUUAGGAUAAGAACAGAUACCAAUGUGAAGAAAUCAGAUGCACUGGGACAGAACUCUUGCACAAUCAAGCCAUCAUGUGCAAUGGGAUAGAGAAUCAAAUCUACACUACAUCUGCUUUAUUUAUUGGAAGCAAUGGAAAGAAGUAACUUAAAUGGGGUGGGAAUUUAGUGAACCAAAAAGAACUUGAAAACACUGACUCAUAACAUAGAUCUUGUAGAUUUUUUUUACAUAAAUUGAAAAAGUAAGGCUCAUUCAGAACUAUGAAUUCUGUCAAACUGGAGGUAAGCCUGUGAAUAUUGUCCUAGUCCAAAUUUUUAUCUUUUCGUAUAAAUUGAUCAGCUCACACCAUAUAGAUCAUUGCAGCACUGCUUUUCAGUUCUGACCUACAGUAGUAAUUUUUGUAGUUUGCUGGUAUGUGAGCUAUGUAAUCAUAAAUGUUAACGUGUGACCAAUUUUUGUUGUAUUUCGUCCACAAUAUUCAAGUAUUUUGUCAUUUCAUAUACAUGUCAUAAAAAGACUACAUGCAUUAAAAUAAAACAAGGUUCCUCUUCAGUCUGGUGGUUGCAUAGGUUCACAAAGGCUAGCUGCAUUGUUGGCUGAAGAAUUAAGUUUUUACCUUCAUGUAAUGAUUCAUCGAUGCCAGGAAGGUAGCCAGCAUGUCUGCAGGUUAAGGGUGAUGUCUCAUAAGAAAAUGUCUUUUUGAAUCUCCCCAUAAAAAGUUUGCCAAUAAAGAAAGGUGAGACCCUGG